AUGACAUGGGUGACUCUAGCCUCAAAGAUAGAUGUGCCAGAAGAAAUGAAGGACUUCAGACCAAUAAGCAUGUUUUUUCCUUUGUUGUUAAAACUGAUCGCUUGGAAUGGUGAAAGAUUAGAGAAACAAUUUUUGAAAGCUUUCCCUGGAUUGAUGUCACCUGGAUCAUUUAUUCCGUUAUUCCCAUAUUUAAUAGACUUGCCGAUUUUGGUAGUGGCAUUGGAGAGGGUGGAAAAAAGCUCAGGACCACUUAUUGGAAAUAGCAUAGCUUCGAUUCAGCAGAAUACUGCUCCUAAGAUGCUACUUGCCCUUAUGGAUGAAGCCUACACUGGUUCAACAAUAGAAGAUGGUGGAGGAGAUUUUGAAUCUGACGAUAACAGUGCAAUUGAUGUAUCUGAUCCUUUGUUCCUCGAGCUUUUAAAGGAUGAAAAUGAUGGUAUCGCUGAACGUCCUUGGUCAUCUCCAGUGAUGGCAACUCUAUUGCAGGCUGCUGCUAAUAGUCCUUACUCUGAUAGGCUGAAAGCAGUACUUAGCAUGGCACCCCAUCUUCUUGAUGUUUACUUCUCUAUAGCAUUGCGUGAUGUCAACGACUCUCUGAUCUGUGCAUUGAUUCCCCUUCUUAUGUCAAGAUUUGCUACCCUAUUUCCAGAUAAAGUAUUUUCUUAUGAGGUCCGAAACCGGCUUUUGGAGUUUAUGCUUUCUACUUUUCAGCAUUCUCCAAACUUCAUUGCUCUUCUAAAGAAACCUAUAAUGGACAGACUUGGAGAAGCUUAUGACAGCCCAGAAAAGACAGAAUUGGCAUUGCAAUUAUGCUGGGCCAUUGGAGAGCAUGGUGGAGGUGGUGAAUCUCACAAAGACGAAGCUCGUGAGCUUUUUGAGAGUUUAGAGCUCCUUUUGUAUGAAAACCUUUCCUCUAGUCGUCUCGGCAUGACGCAGGAGGUGUCCCUUGGUCCUGAUAAGGAUAACUACAGACGGUCAUCACAAUCGAGGCUUCUAUGUUUUGUUAUAACAGCCAUUUCAAAGCUUGCUACACACCAUCGCGAAUUAGCACCAAGAGCACGUGUAUCCUUGGGCAAGGUGGCCCGUUCUCGAAUUUCAGAUGUGAGGGUGUGGAGACGUGCAUGCGAUUUCCUGGCUCUGAUGAAUGAUCCUGCUAUAUGCGCAUCCAUAUUGGGGCCUUCACGGUCUCCAACAGGCAAAGUUGGCAGCAUAAAUUGGAAUCAAGGUGCAACAAAGAUGAUUGCACACGUUCCUUUUUACAUUCUAGGGGAACAAGAAGGGCCACCGUUUAAUGAUUUCUCAUUCUCAGAUAUCCUACCAGGGAGGCGAUGAAAGCUAUUGCAUACCGUUGGGUCAGUUUGAUCAAUAUUGAUCACGAUCCUCCUAUAAGUAGGCUCAACUCUUCUUUUUUGGCUUCUAAAAUGGACGCCUGAAACUUAGCACCUCUUUUCUCAUCAAAACAUUGGUUUGGCUUUUCCACUGGAAAGUAACACACCAAUGGAAUGUGAUUAUUGCGUUCCUUUUGGUUGUUUUUCAAAAAUUCUCAUUCUUUCAAUCUCCGUUCAAAGUACAAAACUACAAGGCCAGCUUGUCUAUUUAUGGGAGGGUUAGAAUAUUUAUUUGAACUUUUCGUUGUAAAAUAACUAUAUUAUCGAAAUGUUCCAGUCAUUAUUUUCACAAACUUGUUAAGGCUCAUUUUUUAAGAAAUGGAGAAGCUCAUGGUGUAACACCAUGAAAUGGAGGCAUAGCAAAAUAUUGCACUGCUAUGGGUCAGAGACAAAACGUAACUUACGUUUUGUAUUUGUUUAUUUUUUUGAAUUUUAAAAUACACCAAACGUAGCUUAUAA